CGCGGGCUGCUCCUCCAGCUCCCCCAUCCGGGUUUCAGCUCCAUUGCGUCUUAUAACUCAGCCCGUGAUUCUCUGGAUAUUCGUCCUCUGGGUACAGCCGGUCUGUCCAGUAGCCUUCUUUCUGCACCUUUAGGAGCGGGCAAUGUGCCUGUAGUGGUGAUCGAUCUACUCCGCAACCAACCCGUACCUGAACCCAACCAGUUGACCACAACUCCGUGUCCACCAUGGCCAGCGCACACGCACACUAUCCCCACGGAGACAUCCGAGACGAUGAAUCAAUCCUCGAUGACGACGUGAUUGAAGCUGAUGAUGCCAUCGACGCCGAUGACCCCUUCAAUGAUACAUCCGAUACGGCUCCUCUGCGAGGAAACAUCCAGCCCGAAGCUUCUAGCUCCCGCGGCGCCAACAUCUCCGGAAAUUACCUGACCUCCUCGAUUCCCGGCGAGGACCGGCGCGCGACUCAGAGCACUAUCGAUGAAACUGUGUGGGAGACGCUUUCGCGCGACUUGCGGGCGGUCUGGGAGAAGAUGCGGCAGGUUCUGUGGCCUAAGUACUUGAUCGGUGGGAUGCUGCAACGGGGCGGAGGUGGCAUUGGAGCGGCGGAGCGAGGCGAGGCCACGGGUUUCGGGGGUGGCUUGAGGAACAUGGUAGGACGCUGGCCGGAUGCCGAUGUUGUGCUCCAGGGCGGAAUGAGUGAGGGUUUACGUGAUUGGGAUCUUUGGGGCCCGCUGAUUUUCUGCCUCCUCCUGAGUAUGUUCCUAUCGAUGCGCGCCAAGGGCGACCAGGCAUCACUCGUUUUUUCGGGAGUCUUUUCGAUCGUGUGGAUUGGGGAAGCGGUGGUGACGCUGCAGAUCAAGCUUCUUGGCGGGAAUAUCUCCUUCUUCCAGUCGGUUUGUAUUAUCGGAUACACCCUGUUCCCCCUGGUCAUUGCGUCGGUUCUUAGUGCUUUUGGGCUCCCGACCAUUGCGCGGAUACCUGUGUAUCUCGUGCUGAUUGCGUGGUCGAUGGCGGCUGGGGUGAGUAUCCUGGGAGGGUCGGGCGUGCUGCGGAACCGGGUGGGCAUUGCGGUGUAUCCACUGUUUGUGUUUUAUGUCGCGAUCGGGUGUCUCUGCUUCAUCAGUUAGGAACGGACCGGGACAUGUCGGAGGGGUAUGGUGGACUGAAGCGAAACUCGACGGGGGGCGGAGGGUGUUAAGUGUUGGCGUGUAUUUCAUGUCGUAUUGACUCCGGAUGAUUUCCCUUCUGUGUUUGUAUGUUGUGCGAUAGAGAACUGGCCCUGAUGCGCUAUCCAAUGGGUUCUGCACAAGUCGUAG